ACGUCUUAUCUUGGACAAUAAAAACGAUAACGUCGAUGACGACGACCUCACUACCGCAGUCCAGUUUAUAACAUAUUUUCCCGUUGUCAACAGAAAGGUUUCGCGAGUCGUUCUCACGAUAUACCACCUAAUAUUAAUUUAAUUUUCUCGAUAUCCGUCUUACUCACGUUUUUAUUUCGACAGUAUAUACAACUGUUUAUACGUGGUGCUUUAGAUCUUUCUAUUACCCGUUUUCACCCCGUUUGCAGACCGACCCGCAUACAGUCGUGCGCCCACUCAAGUCCAACUUCUAGAACCGCCCGCCCACGCAACCUAACGACCAUGUCUAUGGGAGAUAAAGUCACAAAUCUUUGGAAAAGGGCCAGUGAUGAAGAUGAAAAUAGGGAAGAAAUUCCUUGGCACUUAAAAUAUGGUAGUAGAACAUUGGGAACAUUUGCAGGCAUUGUUAAUUUAUUCACUGGUAUCUGGAAUGGACUGGGAUUAAUUUUUUUAAACACAGAUUGUUUAUUUGGUGGAAUCUUACAACUACUCCUUGGUAUUUUACUUAUUGCGUUAGAAGCACCUUUUCUAUGUGUGUUUAUCGAUUAUAUGCAGAAAGUCAGUGAUGUUGCUGAAAAUAAACCCUACUGGACUAGAGCUGUUACAUAUGCUGGGUUAUCCUUAGUACCAUUGCUUCUGUGUUUUGGUCCAAGUACAUUAAUAGCCAGUGCUUUAGUAUUUUGUACUGGUUUAUUAUAUGGUCUCAUGUCAGUUGGGAAAAAAGGAUCUAGGGAAGACAUGGGAGCUAUUGCUUCUCCUGUUGAUAAUGUGUCUCAACCCAUGGGCGGACAUCACACAACUUUAAUGGAAGAUCCAGAUGUGUGGCGUCCCACUUAAGGCAAACUGAAAUUUUUAGUGUAUUAUUGUUGCUUAUUUUACUGGGCACCAGCAGAACAAAUGAAAACUACAGCAUCCACAUUAGAGCCAUGAAACAUAUACAAUAUUAGUGGAAAAUAUACAUUUAUAUAUGUAUAUAUGUAUAUCACAACCUUAGAAUUCACUAAAACCAAUUAAAAAUAAUUUAUUGGUUCCCUAGUGAUUUUAUUAAAAUCACUAUCCACAUGCAUUCCAAUGUACCAUGGUCUCCUAACUGAUGAUACUCAUUUAUCUAUAGUAAUCAAGUCCAAUAAAAUUAUUAAAUUAAUUCAAUAUAUAUCAUUCUAUAGAUGUAUUGAUGUCUAUUAAUGGUAUCCCCCUACAUUUCAUCUCAUUAAAAUGCAUGAUAGAUUUUCAUAUAUUUAUCUAAAAACCUUAUAUAAGAUAAUCUUUACACUUAUUUUACUUUAAUUAUAUAAUCUUAUUGCAUGCCAUUAAUAUACAUAAAUUUAGUUGUCAUGAUUUUAACAAUUUUUAAUAGAUUAUUGAAAUUUUUGCUGCUAAAAUAUAAAUAUAUAUCAAUUAUAAAGUGACUGCAGAAUCUCUAUUGAAUCAUUUUUAUGAUAAAUAUAUUUAAUAUGAUUAAUUUAUAAUUUUAAAACUAUUUACCUAGUUGAAUAAGUUUAAGUUACUUUAUAAGUAACUUAUCUACUUUUAAAUAUUUUUUUUAUUUAUUAUAACCAUUUUUCUUAAGUUUUAAUUUAUUUUAAUUAUUCCAAAGAACAUGCUUGUACCGUAAUAACUCAUUUAAAUGUUCCUGGAAUUUGAUGUAUAAUAUUUAUUAUAAUAUAAUACAAACAAGUUUAUAUUAUAUUAUAAUUAUCUUUAAUGACUAUUAUUAUAAUUUUUUAUUAAUAUCAUUUAAUUUAAACUAUUUCAUCCAGUAAUAAUUAAAUAUUAUAGAACAAAAUUAAUUAAAAAUUACUUUUUGUUUUAAAUAUUAUCAAAAAAAAUGUUUCAAUCACCAAAAUUAUUUUCUUAAAAUUAAUUAAAUAAAGACACAAAUAUGUCCAUGAUUUCAUUAUUGUUUUACAUUUAAAACGUAUUUAUAAAUAAAUUAUUUAAAGUGGAAAAAUGUGUUUAAAUAAAAUAUUAUAAUAUUAGGCAUUACAGAUAUGUACAAUCCGUGUAUAUCUAAUAAAAAUUUAAGUUUCUAGAUACAGUGACUUGAAUUGAAGAAUUAAUGUAUUCCAGAAGCAUAUUAAUUAAAUGGGACAUGAUGUAUUUGGCUGCAGUCACUGAAUGGUGCUGCGGUUAAACAUUGUUAGCUCUCGGAUGAAUAACCAGAGUUUUUAACAGCAAGUUCUAUCUUAUAUAAUAUGAGAAUACACAUUUCAAAAAAUCUAACGUAUCAUACCUUCCCGUAUUAAAAUAUAUUUCUCAGCUAAUGGUCAUAGUUCCCAAAGCUUAAUUUAAAAUAUAUAUAUAUUAAUAAUAAUAAUAUAUUAUUAAUUAUUUAUUGGUAAUAUUUUCUGAUGAGCAAAAGUAAUUGAAUUCCUUAUCCUUUAAUACAGUUUUUUUUUAAUCAUCUGACAGUUUGUUUAUAUCUUUAAUAUCUAUAAGUAAAAAAUAUUAGUUAUAUUUUCAGAACAUAAAUUAUACAAAUAUUUAUUAUCAUUUAUUUAUUAUUUUCUAAAAUUUCAGUGGUCGAUUUAAAAAUGAAUAAAAAAUGAAUUGUACUUAUCAUUUUCUAACUAUUAAUAAUAUAAAUUACGUGAGUACAAAUAUAUAGAGAAUUGGGGGUUUUCCUUAAAAAUAAUGUACUAUAAUAUGUAAGUUGUUUAAUAUAAUUAUUACAAUGAUACCUAAAAAUUCUAAAAACUGUACGAAAGCUUUUUAAGUAUUUUUUUUUUUUAUAGAAAUAUUGUUAUUUUUAAUUAACCAUAUUAAUUGAAUUUAGCAUUUAGAAAUUAACUGUUUUCAUGAAAUAUAGGCAAAACUUACUAUCUAUUAAUCAAUUUGUUUUUCGAAUACUAAGUCAUAGUAAAACAUUGAUCAUUAUUUAUAGUUUUAGUUAUAAGUUUAGACUAUUAACUAUUUAAUAUUCAUUGUAAACUUAUAUUGUUAUAAAUUGUUGUGUAAUUGGCAAAAAAAAUGUUUACUUACUAAAUUAAUACAUAAUAGUAUAGUUUAUUAAGUUCAUAAUAAUCCAUUAAAAUAUAAUAUUUGCGUAUUUUACUUCAUGUUUUAUGGAGUUUAUAAUAAUAUUCUCAUCAGUAUUCAAACGAAAUAUUAACCAUUGUAUUAUGUAAUAUGACAUUUAAAAAAGUUAUUUAGAAAAUAAAUAAUUAGAAUUAGUUAUAUUUUAACUGUAUUCAAUUAAAACUUAUACAAAAUUGAAGUUGUUAUUACUGCAUACACCAUUAUGAAUAUCCAUUAAAAUAUAAUAUAAUAUUAUAUAAAAUGUACCUGUACAAGGGUUAAAAAGAUUAUAGAAAUAAAAUCAAUAAUAUUGAAAA